GGUAAGGAGAGGAUUGUUGCCGAGGACGCAUUGAGCUGUCAGAGAUACGGCCGCUCAUGCCACUCUCACCUACCUGGAGUUUCACUGCCAUGGACUUAACCGAGGAUAGCGCUGUGGAAAUUAUCCCGUGCUGACCCACUUCUUCUCGCGUUUCUUUCUCCCGGUGUCCUCUGACGCCUUCUCUCAUUCCUGUCAGGUGAAUUAAACCGGAUAAACUAUGUCGGACAAAAUGUCUAGUUUCCUCCAUAUAGGGGACAUUUGUUCCCUUUAUGCAGAGGGCUCCACCAGUGGGUUUAUCAGCACUUUGGGGCUUGUGGAUGACCGUUGUGUAGUACAACCCGACGCAGGGGACCUCAACAACCCGCCCAAGAAAUUCAGAGACUGCCUUUUCAAGCUGUGUCCUAUGAACAGAUAUUCAGCACAGAAGCAGUUCUGGAAAGCAGCAAAACCUGGAGGCAACAGUACUACAGACACAGUCCUGCUCAAUAAACUGCAUCAUGCUGCAGACCUGGAGAAGAAGCAGAAUGAGUCUGAGAACCGCAAGCUGCUAGGAACAGUCAUCCAGUAUGGAAAUGUGAUUCAGUUGCUGCAUCUGAAAAGCAAUAAAUACCUGACCGUGAACAAGCGGCUACCUGCACUGCUGGAGAAGAAUGCCAUGAGAGUGACUCUGGACUCGGCAGGGAAUGAGGGAUCCUGGUUCUACAUUCAGCCCUUCUACAAGCUGAGAUCCCUGGGAGACAGUGUGGUGAUUGGAGACAAAGUAGUCCUUAACCCUGUGAAUGCAGGACAGCCUCUUCACGCCAGCAGCCACCAGCUUGUUGAUAACCCAGGCUGUAAUGAGGUUAAUUCUGUUAAUUGCAACACAAGCUGGAAAGUAGUUCUCUUCAUGAAAUGGAGCGACAACUUGGAAACUAUACUCAAGGGGGGUGACGUCGUGCGGUUAUUCCAUGCAGAGCAGGAAAAGUUCCUCACUUGUGACGACCACAGGAAGAAGCAGCAUGUUUUUCUCCGGACCACCGGCCGACAGUCGGCAACUUCAGCCACCAGCAGCAAAGCACUUUGGGAAGUGGAGGUGGUCCACCAUGACCCAUGCAGAGGAGGUGCAGGCUAUUGGAACAGUCUGUUCAGGUUUAAACAUUUGGCCACAGGCUGCUAUUUGGCUGCAGAGAUGGGUGAGGUGAAUCCAGACUUUGAGGAGGAGAGUGCUGAACAGCGAUCUUCUAUGGUGGAUUUUACACCCUUCAAUUUCCAGCUGGAUGGUGAUAAUGAAGCUCUACGAGGCCGCCUCCGAGCUCCUCAGGAGAAAAUCAUGUUUACUCUGGUGCCUGUACCCGAUGGCAUGGAUGUCUCCUCUAUCUUUGAGCUGGACCCAACCACUCUAAGAGGAGGAGAUUCAAUGGUUCCCAGGAGUUCCUAUGUGAGGCUCCGGCACUUGUUCACCAACACAUGGGUUCAUAGCACCAUGCUCCCCAUUGACAAAGAGGAGGAGAAACCCGUCAUGUUACGGAUUGGGACUUCAGCUGUAAAAGAAGACAAGGAAGCCUUUGCCAUAGUCCCGGUGCCGCCAUCAGAAGUGCGUGAUUUAGAUUUUGCGAACGAUGCAAGUAAAGUCUUGGCUUCUAUUGCUGGCAAGCUGGAAAAAGGCACCAUCACACAAAAUGAAAGGAGGUUUGUGACAAAGCUGCUGGAAGAUUUAGUUUUCUUUGUGGUGGACAUCCCCAACAGUGGGCAGGAUGUACUAGAGAUCAUGGUCAACAAGCCCAAUAGAGAGAGACAAAAGCUGAUGAGAGAGCAGAACAUCCUCAAACAGAUUUUCAAACUUCUCCAGGCCCCUUUCACAGACAGCGGGGAUGGUCCCAUGUUACGACUGGAGGAGCUCGGAGAUCAGCGGCACGCUCCGUUCAGGCACAUUUGUAGGCUUUGUUACAGAGUUCUCCGCCAUUCCCAACAGGAUUACAGGAAGAACCAAGAAUAUAUUGCCAAACAGUUCCGCUUUAUGCAGAAACAGAUUGGGUACGAUGUACUGGCGGAGGACACCAUUACGGCUCUGCUCCAUAACAACCGGAAGCUGCUGGAGAAACACAUCACUGCUGCUGAGAUUGACACCUUUGUCACUCUAGUGAGGAAGAAUCGGGAACCAAGAUUUCUGGACUACUUGUCAGAUCUCUGUGUGUCCAUGCACAAAUCCAUCCCAGUGACUCAGGAGCUCAUCUGCAAUGCAGUGCUGGACUGCAGCAAUGCUGACAUCCUCAUUGAAACCAAAUUAGUUCUGUCAAGGUUUGAGAUCGAGUCAUCAGUAAAUGGUGAGGCUCCGGUAGAGGCAGAAGAUGUGGAGGAGGUCUGGUUGUUCUGGAAGGACAACUGCAAGGAGAUCCGCAGUAAGAGUGUCCGGGAGUUGGCCCAGGAUGCUAAGGAGGGUCAGAAGGAGGACCAGGAAGUGGUCAGCUAUUACAGGUGCCAACUGAAUCUCUUUGCUCGGAUGUGUUUGGACCGCCAGUAUCUGGCCAUCAACAAGAUCUCUGGUCAGCUCGACGUGGAUUUGAUCUUGCGCUGCAUGUCCGAUGAGGACUUGCCCUUUGACCUGCGGGCGUCUUUCUGCCGCCUGAUGUUGCACAUGCAUGUAGACCGGGACCCUCAGGAGCAGGUCACACCUGUCAAAUAUGCACGUCUGUGGUCGGAGAUUCCAUCUAAAAUUGCUAUUGAUGACUAUGACAAUGAUGGAACCACCAGAGAUGAGAUCAAAGAGCGUUUUAGCCUCACCAUGGAGUUUGUAGAGACCUACCUGCGAGAGGUGGUGUCACAAAACAUUCCCUUCUCUGACAAGGAGAAAAACAAGCUCACAUUUGAGGUAGUAAACCUGGCGAGGAACCUCAUAUACUUUGGCUUCUACAACUUCAGUGACCUGCUGCGCCUGACAAAGAUCUUACUCAACAUUUUAGACUGUGUACAUGUCAGUACUGUUUACCCCAUAAACAAGAUUGAGAAGGGGGAUGAAAGCAAAGGUGGUAGUAAUGUUAUGAAGUCAAUUCAUGGAGUGGGGGAGCUGAUGACCCAGGUAGUGCUGCGCGGAGGGGGCUUACUGCCGACCACGCCAACCCAUCAGCCUGAAGGAGACGUGGCAAAAACACAGACUGAGCCAGAGAGAGAGGAUAUAAUGGUCAUGGACACAAAGCUCAAGAUUAUUGAGAUCCUGCAGUUCAUUUUAAAUGUACGGCUGGACUACAGGAUUUCCUGCUUGCUCUGCAUUUUCAAACGUGAGUUUGACGAGAGCAAUCCACAAGGAGACCACACUGUCAGUGCGAAUGGAGGCAACAACAAUACCGCUCAGAUGCCUGGAAAUCUUGAUUUUGAGAACAUUGAGGAACAAGCCGAAGGGAUCUUUGGUGGAAGUGAGGAAAACACUCCUUUAGAUCUGGAUGACCACGGAGGCCGCACGUUUCUCAGGGUCCUGCUGCACCUGACCAUGCACGACUACCCCCCCUUAGUAUCUGGAGCGCUUCACCUGCUCUUCAGACACUUCAGCCAGAGGCAGGAAGUCCUCAUGGCCUUCAAACAAGUGCAGCUGCUUGUUACCAGUCAGGAUGUGGAGAACUACAAGCAGAUCAAGACAGAUCUGGACCAGCUGCGCUCUAUUGUGGAGAAAUCUGAACUGUGGGUUUACAAGAGACAAGGCGAGGAUGGCAUGGAUGGAGAUGGUCCUUCAGAGUCUGACAAUAAACCAAAGGGAGAGUCUCUGUCUUCAGACAAGAAGAAGACAGAAAGCACUAGUAGUUACAACUACAGAGUUGUAAAAGAGAUCCUUGUACGCCUCAGUAAACUGUGUGUCCAGGAGGGUAUCUCAGGAAAAAAGAGUAAGAAACAGCAGCAGAGGCUGCUCAGGAACAUGGGCGCUCACAGUGUGGUGCUGGAACUUCUACAAAUCCCCUACGAGAAGGGUGAAGACGUUCGAAUGCAGGAGAUCAUGAAAUUGGCUCAUGAAUUUCUGCAGAAUUUCUGUGCUUGGAACCAGCAAAACCAGACUCUUCUCCAUAAGCAUAUCAACUUAUUCCUUAACCCAGGAAUCCUUGAGGCUGUCACCAUGCAGCACAUCUUCAUGAAUAAUUCGCAGCUGUGCAAUGAAAUCAAUGAACGUGUUGUUCAGCACUUUGUCCACUGCACUGAGACACACGGGCGACAUGUGCAGUACCUCAAGUUUCUCCAGACGAUUGUUAAAGCUGACAACAAGUUCAUUAAGAAGUGUCAGGACAUAGUCAUGGCAGAGUUGGUGAACUCUGGUGAAGAUGUCCUGGUCUUCUACAACGACCGCGCAUCCUUUCAGACCCUAGUCCAGAUGAUGCGGUCGGAGCGGGACCGCUUGGAUGAAAACAGCCCUCUAAUGUAUCACAUCCACCUGGUUGAACUGCUGGCCGUCUGCACUGAGGGAAAGAACGUCUACACCGAGAUUAAGUGCAACUCCUUGUUACCCUUGGAUGACAUAGUGCGGGUUGUCACCCAUGAAGACUGCAUCCCAGAGGUGAAGAUUGCCUAUAUCAACUUCUUAAACCACUGUUAUGUGGAUACAGAGGUGGAGAUGAAAGAGAUUUACACAUCCAACCACAUGUGGAAGCUAUUUGAGAACUUCCUGGUAGACAUUUGUAGGGUGUGCAACAACACCAGCGACAGGAAGCAUGCAGAUACAAUCCUGGAGCGUUAUGUAACCGAGACCGUCAUGAGCAUUGUCACAUGUUUCUUCAGCUCUCCUUUCUCUGACCAGAGCACAAGCCUGCAGAUGGCUCGUCAUAUUUAUGCAGCCAUUCUUGGAAAGAUAACAGAGACUCGUCAGCCAGUAUUUGUACAACUGCUCCAGGGAGUAUUCAGGGUGUACCACUGUAACUGGCUGAACCCCGCUCAGAAGCACUCAGUCGAGGGGUGUAUCAAAGUGCUUUCAGACGUGGCUAAGAGCCGAGCAAUUGCCAUCCCAGUGGACCUUGACAGUCAGGUGAACAACUUGUUUGUCAAGCCUAAUAACGUUGUGCAGAAGACCCUUCUCAACUGGAAACAAUCUACUAAGAACACGUCCAGGCGAGAAUCAAGCAUGGCUGCCUCUAAAGAUUACAAAAACAUCAUUGAGAAACUACAGGACAUCGUUUCUGCUCUUGAGGAUCGACUGAGGCCGCUGGUCCAAGCUGAACUCUCGGUACUGGUGGAUGUCCUCCACCGUCCUGAGCUGCUCUUCCCCGAGAACACAGACGCUCGCAAGAAAUGUGAAAGCGGGGGAUUCAUAUCAAAGCUGAUCAAACACACCAAGCAGCUCCUGGAGGAGAAUGAGGAACGUCUGUGCAUCAAAGUUCUGCAAACACUCAGGGAAAUGAUGACUAAAGAUCGGGGCUAUGGGGUGAAGCUGAUUGCCUUUGAUGAUGAAAUGGAUGUGGCUGAGCUGGCACCUCCACCUGAGCCUGAAGUCCCUGCAGAGGAGCUUGAUCCCAGCCAGCCACUGAAGCAAGUGGAGGAUCAAAGGAGGGGUGAGGCUCUACGUCAAAUUUUGGUCAACCGGUACUACGGGAAUGUUAAAUCUGGUCAGAGGAGAGAGAGCCUCACAUCCUACAGCAACGGGCCGCUCACGUCUGGAGCGCCAGGAAAAUCACCUACACUUGUGAGCUCUGGGAUUGGAGGUCGAGGGGAGCUGAGCCUGGCCGAGGUCCAGUGCCACCUUGAUAAAGAAGGAGCUUCUGACCUGGUAAUCGACCUGAUCAUGAAUGCCACCAGUGAUCGUAUUUUCCAGGAGAGCAUCCUGCUGGCCAUCGCGCUGCUGGAGGGUGGAAACACAGUCAUCCAGAGGUCAUUUUAUAAUCGUUUAACUGGGGACAACAAGUCAGAAAAAUUCUUCAAGGUGUUUUAUGAGCGCAUGAAGCUGGCCCAGCAGGAGAUUAAAGCCACUGUGACUGUCAACACUAGUGACCUGGGCAGCAAGAAGAAGGAUGAGGAGCCGCCAGACAAAGACCUGUCAACACGGAAGAAAGUGAAAGACGUGCCAGUGGUUGCAAUGGUAACUGAGGAAGUGAAGGAGCAGCUGGUGGAGGCCUCUGCUGUCACCAAGAAAGCCUACACCACCUACCGUCGGGAGGCAGAGGCCGAGGAGCACCAGGCUGCCGCUGACGGUACCCCCAUCCCGACCGCUGAUAAAAGCCAAGACGAAGGCGAGAUGAGUGUCAUCAUCACCAUCAUGCAGCCCAUCCUACGCCUCAUGCAGCUGCUCUGUGAGAACCACAACAGAGAUCUGCAGAACUUCUUACGCAAUCAGAACAACAAGAACAACUAUAAUCUGGUGUGUGAGACUCUUCAGUUCCUCGACUGCAUCUGUGGCAGCACCACAGGAGGACUAGGGCUGCUGGGACUCUACAUAAACGAGAAGAACGUAGGACUCAUCAACCAGACUGUGGAGAGCCUGACUGAGUACUGCCAGGGUCCCUGUCAUGAGAAUCAGAACUGCAUUGCCACUCAUGAGUGCAAUGGCAUUGAUAUCAUCAUUGCCCUCAUUCUCAAUGACAUCAACCCUCUUGGUAAGAAGAGGAUGGACCUUGUUCUGGAGCUCAAAAACAAUGCCUCUAAGCUUCUUCUUGCAAUUAUGGAGAGUCGCCACGACAGUGAGAAUGCUGAGAGAAUUCUGUACAACAUGAGGCCCAAAGAGCUGGUGGAAGUUAUCAAAAAAGCCUACAUGCAGGGUGAGAUAGAGGUGGAGGAGCCUGAGGAGGACGAGGAUGGAGAGGAGGAACAUUCUGCUUCUCCACGGAACGUGGGACAUAAUAUCUACAUUUUGGCACAUCAAUUGGCACGUCACAACAAGGAACUGCAGGCCAUGUUGAAGCCUGGGGGGACGUAUGGAGAGGGCGAUGAAGCACUGGAGUUCUACGCCAAACACACUGCUCAGAUUGAGAUCGUACGUCUGGAUCGCACAAUGGAGCAGAUAGUGUUUCCUGUUCCCAACAUCUGUGAGUUCCUUACACAAGAGUCCAAGCUACGAGUAUACUACACCACAGAGCGAGACGAGCAAGGCAGCAAGAUCAAUGAUUUUUUCCUACGCUCUGAGGACCUUUUCAAUGAGAUGAAUUGGCAGAAGAAGCUGCGAGCUCAGCCCAUCCUGUACUGGUGCUCCAGGAACAUGUCCUUUUGGAGCAGCAUCUCCUUCAACCUGGCUGUACUCAUGAACCUCCUUGUGGCGUUCUUCUACCCGCUGGAAGGUGUCCGUGGAGGCACCCUGGAGCCCCACCUGUCUGCUCUGUUGUGGUUAGCCAUGCUGGUGUCUCUGGCCAUCGUCAUUGUGUUGCCCCAGCCUCAUGGAAUCAGGGCGCUGAUUGCAUCCACCAUCCUGCGUCUGAUCUUCUCUGUCGGCCUAGAGCCCACGUUGCUCCUGCUGGGCGGGUUUAAUCUAUGUAACAAGGUGAUCUUCCUAAUGAGCUUCGUUGGGAACCGAGGAACCUUCACACGUGGAUACAUAGCCAUGAUCAUGGAUGUGGAGUUCCUGUACCACCUACUCUACCUGAUUAUCUGCUCACUGGGGGUCUUUGUCCAUGUCUUCUUCUACAGCUUGCUGCUCUUUGACCUUGUUUACCGAGAAGAAACCUUACUGAACGUGAUAAAGAGCGUCACCCGAAACGGACGCUCCAUAGUUCUGACAGCUGUGUUGGCCCUUAUCCUCGUCUACCUCUUCUCUAUUGUGGGAUAUAUCUUCUUCAAGGAUGACUUCCUUUUGGCUGUCGACAGGAUACCCAACAAAACGCUUGAACAUGGAGCCAGCAUGAUUGGAGAGCUCUUCUCGGGAGGAGUGUGUCAAAAGGAAAGUGGAGAAAACUGUUCAACAGAGGCCGUCAUGGAUGCUUCCACUGCUGUCCAGCCAUCAGUGGUGAUCGAGGACAAGGAGCGAACGUGUGACUCCUUACUCAUGUGCAUUGUCACAGUACUGAGUCACGGCCUGAGGAGUGGAGGAGGUGUUGGGGACGUCCUGAGGAAGCCAUCCAAAGAGGAACCCUUGUUUGCUGCCAGAGUGAUCUACGACCUGCUUUUCUUCUUCAUGGUCAUCAUUAUUGUCCUCAACCUCAUCUUUGGUGUCAUCAUCGAUACGUUUGCCGACCUGAGGAGCGAAAAGCAGAAGAAAGAGGAAAUUCUGAAGACAACGUGUUUCAUUUGUGGUCUGGAGAGAGACAAGUUUGACAAUAAGACAGUUACUUUUGAAGAACACAUCAAAGUGGAGCACAACAUGUGGCAUUACCUGUUCUUCAUUGUCCUGGUGAAGGUCAAGGACUCCACGGAGUUCACUGGGCCGGAAAGCUAUGUGGCUGAAAUGAUCAGGGAACACAACCUGGACUGGUUUCCUCGAAUGCGGGCCAUGUCCCUGGUGAGCAGCGAUGCCGACGGAGAGCAGAACGAAAUCCGAAGCCUGCAAGAGAAGCUGGAGUCCACCAUGAAGCUGGUGACCAACCUCUCGGGCCAGCUGACCGAGCUCAAAGAGCAGAUGACAGAGCAGAGGAAGCAGAAGCAGCGGAUUGGGCUGCUGGGACACCCUCAGCACAUGAACGUCAACCCCCAGCAGCCGGCGUAAGGUGCGGCGACGGAGUCUGCAAGCCGGCUCGCCGUCUGGAAGGGAGCGAUCUGUCCUUGCAAAAUGUAUGCAGCACUGAGUGUGAAAGUAUCUUACAACGGUAGGGAAACGCUGUAACAUAGAUAGCUAUAAGGCAAUGUGUAGCUCUACCCCACGCAAAGCGAUACUCCAGACAGUAACACUCACCCACCUCAUUCUGUUCUGUUCAGUUGGUGCCAAAUGUUUUUUGGGUUGUUGUUUUUUUUCCUGCCGAAAGAAAUCGGAUUUCUCAACACACAGCCUUUAACGGUUCAACGUGAAAAAUGAUGAAAUUGUUCUGUUUCUUUUUUUUUUAUCAUUAUUUAAAAGUUUUCUAUUUUUAUUCCUAACACACUGAGCAGUGUUUAUUGUCUUGUUCUUUUGUAUGUCGUGCAAUAUCUUAACUUAAAUAUGCAACCAAAUGGUGUGUAGAUUUAAGUUUUAAUUCUUAUGUCUUGUUUAAAUCCACCGGGGAGUGGUUUAAACUGUUCUUUAUGGUCUCUGGACAAUUAAGCAGUUGUCGUUCAUUUGUAUUUAAACACAAACGGAGAUAUGAUAAUGACUGGGCUUCACAAUAUCACCCUGCAUUUAGUUGGUCCAGAUGGGCACACUGUUCGGGUGACAUCUGCACUCAGUAGAUAAGAUAUUGUGUGAGAGCAAUAUAAACAAAUAGAUUCCUUCCAUCAUAUGGUCAAUAUUUUGUGCUAAGUUAUUUUAUGGGGAAGUAGCUUUAUAAUUUGACUGGGUUGCAACAGCCGUCUAGAAUCGUGUUGCUCAGGAGUCAUGUAGUUAAUACAGUAAUAAUGACCAUUGGUAUAUUCUGAUAUGUCGCUGCUUGUGUGGAAACUUUGUUCUUUUAGUUUGACUUUAACAUUUUAGUUCUUUCCAUGUUAGGAAUGAACUUUUUUUUUUUUUUUUUUCUGGGAGGGGACUACUUUGUGUAAAUAAAGUUUGUUGCUUUACUUUGCUUUUGUAUAGAAAGAUAAGAUGGGGGAAAAAAAUAUUACUGUCACAAAAUGUUAAGGGUAAACAAAUCAAAGCGUUGUCAAUUUGUAUAUAGAAGUAGAAUUAUUUAUUAAAAUUGUUAUUAUCCUUUAA